AUGUGUAUAAGAGACAGCUACAAGAACCUUUAUCAUGAUUCAAGCUUAACUUUCAAUAGUGUGAGCGUUGAAGAUGGCGGCAUGUAUGAACUUUACUUAGAGGGACAAAGGGAUGACUACAAACAUUCGUUUAUUGAACUUCUUGUGAGAGGCUGUCCUGCUGGCCGAUAUGGUGCACCUCGAUGUACAGGCAUUUGUAAUAAUUGUUAUAAUGGUGGUGUAUGUGAUGAUGAGACAGGGAAAUGUGUUUGUCCACCAGGGUUUAAAGGAGAAAACUGUAUGGAAACUUGUGGUGGCAAUACAUUUGGAAUUACCUGUGAAAUUAAAUGUACAAGAAGGAUAGAAAAUCCCCAAGAUGCAUGUAAAGGCUUUCAGUUUUGCUUACCUAAUCCAUAUGGAUGUGACUGUGUAACAGGUUAUACUGGUCUUGAUUGUUUAACAGAUUGUGGCUUUGGUAAGUUUGGUGCGGGUUGCAGUCAGGAUUGUCAUUGUGCGUCAGGAGGCUGUAACCAGUAUACUGGAGAGUGUUUGUCAGGUACUUGUGCACCUGGAUGGUCUGGAAGCAACUGCCAAGUUCCAAGCACUUGUCCUGUUGGUUAUUUUGACUCAUCUUGUACAUUAAUUUGUCAUUGUCUUGAUAAUGUUGAAUGUGAUAAGAAUACAGGUGUAUGUAGUAAUGGAGAAUGUGCAAAAGGAUAUCAUACAUAUGACAGUCCAUUUUGUGAAGCCUGUCAAUCUAGGAGUUAUGAUUAUUAUUGUGCCUUGACUUGCUAUUGUGACUCUGCCUCUUGUCACCAUGAAACUGGAUGUGAUGGCGGAUGCCUUGAUAAUUGGUUAGGAAACACCUGCACUACAGGAAUAAUUUCAAUUUCUAACGCAAAAGUUAAUCCACGUCAGAUGUCCACAUUUCAAUGUGACAUUCAAGGUGAUGUAACUGACAUUACCAUUCAGUUCCUUAUUGAUAGUCAACCUGCUGCAGAAACUGGACGCACAAAAUCAAAUAGAGUUACAACAGUUUCAUUUACUGGUGAAGCAAAUCCUGAUGCUGCAUAUGUUUGCAAACUUACUAAGGAUUCUUAUACGGCAAAUGCAACUCAUUCACUUACUACCUAUGUAUUUCCAACAUACAAUGGAAGACCAGCCGCAGAGACGAUUACUGGAUCAUCAGUGAAAUUGAGGUGGAGGGAAUGGAGUACCAGCAGUGGAGAUAGUGGUGAUCCUCCCAUUAUUGGAUAUGUUGUAUAUUACAAACAAAGAUCUCUAUCAUCUGAGCCCUUUAGGCAAGCAUUCCAUGUUAGCAGUCUUACAGCCACAGUGACUGGUUUACACUGGGAAGAAGCGUAUAAAUUUGCUAUAGCAGCUGUCAGGGAAGGUACUGGGGGUGAAGGUCCAAUGGGAAGUGUUAGGCUAACUACAUCAACAGUUUGUGGAGAACCAUCAGCACCAGUAGUCAACACAAUUUCAAGUUAUGAAUUUCCUAAAAUGAUCAGCAUUUCCUGGCAGCAGUUGACGGUUGAGGAGUCCAAGUGUUCAGCUGGUGUAGAUCGUUACACCAUAUCUUAUAGACCUGUUAAUACAGACGUGCCCAUGGUCACUAAUGAAACAACAAAAGAUUCUUAUACAAUAAUGGGACUUGAAACAUACACAGAAUACAGCAUCUCUGUAACAGCAAGUAACAAAGAUUUCCCUGGGAUGGCAGGAGUGGUGCAAGUGUUCUCACCUGAAGAGAAACCUCCGCCUCCAGAUGUCUCAGCAGUACAUGAGGGUACAUACCUCACAGUUUCCGUAAUGCCAUCUGAAUCAAUUGGCAAUAAUCAGUACGGGGACAUAAAGGGGUAUGAUAUAAGAUACAGAUUAGCUGAUAGUGAUGAGGAGUGGAUUGAUGUAGCAAUUACAAAAGAUCAAGGAAGCAAUGGUUACAAAAUAACAAGCCUAGAAACUGAUGCAGACUAUGAAGUCAGUGCUAGAGUUAUCAACGGGGCAGGUGCUGGAUACUGGAGCUGCUCUACCAAAGCAGUAACAGGUUGUAGUACAGGAACAGGAUCAUCAAUCCCCGGAUUUAUGAUUGCAUUAGUGGUUGUUCUUUUCAUCAUCAUCUUUCUUCUUUCCUUGGCAUUUGGCCUAUACUACAGAUACAAGAACUCAAAUGGGAAAAACAUGGAUAAGUGUGAAGUUCAAGUGACAGCAAAUACCCAGGUAGUUGAAGAAGAAAAUGAACUUGAUAACUAUACCAAGCUCAUCAAAGAUGAUUUGACGCAGGAAAAUCAAUACGAUGUCAUCCAAACAGGGACUCAAGACACGUAUGAUUAUGCAAUGCCACAGACAAGUAGACUUGAGAUACCAUUAUUCCCAAGAAAACAAUCACAUCGGGGCGUAUUAUAUCCGGGAUGACAGCCAAGGCACAUUGACCCGGGUGUCUGAAGAAUCCAGUGAGCUUUGUGGUGAUGCUAAGAACGUGAUCCCUCCCGCGUUGAGAAACAUUACUAUAGACGAUCCCGAACAUGAUCCAUAUUAACAGUAGAAGAUGUACAAGUUGCCGAGCACACAAAUGAACCCUAUGAAAUUCCAAUGAAUGUAAAGUCUCAUAUCAUAAGAAUACCGACUCAGCCAGAGUGACUAAUAUAAGUACGGGAAAUGAAACAACAGCGCCACUAACGUAAUCAGUCAAUGAACUGUCUUUAAUGUCGACUAUCAAUAUCAGAACUACUGACAAAGCGAUUCACGAAGAUUUGUGGCUUCUAAUAACUUAUCCCCGCCUUAUAGGGCAACGUUUUUACAUAAAUCAAACCAGGUUUCUUCACUUCUGUAAUUCAAACUAAUCAACAAGUACCGCCAUUACUUCGCUUCUUCAUAGCAAGCGCGCCCUUAAUAGUUAAGAGAAUUAUACUAUAGAUAACUCAUUACACCGGCCCCUAAAUUGAGGAUCAAUUACACUAAUAUAAUAAUUCCUGAAACACUCAGAAAUUAAACAUAACAUCUGAAACUAAUUAACAAACAAUGUCAACAUUAAAUUUUAAAAUUUAAGUAUGAAGAUCAAUGUAAAUAGUUUUCUGCUUUUCAAUCACCACUUCCACAGUACAAUAAGAUUCAACUAUUAUUAAUCAGUGACUAAUACUUUGACAAUGAUAACCAUCUCAGGGAGUAGACUGUUUCUCCGGUUAUUAAACUGAG